AUCUCUUUCCAAAGCACAUCCUACCCCAUGCAUUUCUCUUUCAUUUCAAAGUGAAGAAGAAAGCAUAUAAAAGCUUUUGUCCAUAUAAAUUUCACUUAAGUUUAGUUGUUUUUGGUUUGAGUGGUGCUUUUGUGCUUGAAUUUUGGAAAUUAUGUCUCUGAUUAGGAUACCAUUGCUCUCCCUACUGCUCACCCAAUCGACCUUAAGCUACCCAAGACCAAAAAUAAUUUAUCAAGAUUACCCAAGCAGCGCCAUCCAAUACCCUCAACAUCAAUACGAAUCAACUCAAGACAGCCAAGAGGUCCAACACGUUCAACCUCAAAGCGAGGACCUACACUCCCUCCAAGAGGAUCAUCAACAUCACCUUGAAUAUUUUACCCAUCCUAAGUACACUUUUAAGUAUGGCGUAAACGACUUUCACACAGGAGACAUAAAAAGCCAACAAGAGACCAGAGACGGUGACGUGGUUAAAGGACAAUACUCAGUGGUAGAACCGGAUGGUUCUAUUCGAACUGUAGAGUACACUGCAGAUAACCAUAAUGGUUUUAAUGCUGUUGUAAGGAGGACAGCUCCUAUUGAACAGCAUGAACUAGAACAUCAUGCAGUUGGGAAUGAUGGAUAUGGUCAUGAGUAUGAGGAGGAUGAACAGUAUUAGCCAUUUGUUAGGUUGUUAAUUAGCAAUAGUUCACUGGUUCUACUUUACUCUGCAUUAUUUAUUUUAUAGUUAGAAUCUACCUUAUAGAUGUAAUAUUAAUCAGGAGAGUAAUAUAUGUUUUUUUUU